AUGCUUCUUUCGAGUGGCAUCCGAUCCAACAGUUUUUUAAAUAAUUCAGGUAAUUUACCGCUUGGGAAUCGUCGGGAAUUGCUGCACCAUUAUCUGCAAGUGCCUCAGUCUCGCGUAUCAUUAUCUGGUCGAUCCAGUCCAUCCAUUGUCAGCAUGCAGUCCGAUCCUGAAUCUUGUUUAGACGACACACGCUUUCCGGAUGAUUUAUUUGAGCCCGAGCUCCUCGGUUUGUGAGU